AUGGUUUUUCGAAGUCCAAAACGUGUACCCUGUUGGUCUACGUGCGUUGGCGAAAAGGUUGCGUCGCGUGGAGUAAAAACAGGCAAAAAAGAUAUAAUUAAGACGUUAUUGGACUGGGAGAUGGCUGCCAAUGAGACUGUCGUUGUGGCACCUGCAGUUGUAGUCGUCACGGUUUCCGCACUAACAUCAGUCGACAAGCCGGAUGUGAAUUUGGUCGUUGGACUUGUUUAG